GCCCGUCCAGCGGGCGAUUCCCGGGGCCCGCCCCCCUCGGCCGCGGAAAGCUAAAGCGUGGCAGGGGCCGGGCUGGGGAAGCGGAGGAGGCGGGUCUCCAUAGAAACCUUCACCUGUUUCCGGCCAGGCCGGGCGAGAUUAGGGGCUGCUGCGGGGGCCAAUCUCCGCCAGCUCGCCUUUUCCCGGCGGCCUCUGCGGGCUCGGUGGGUGUUGUACACAAUCAUCAUGGCGGCGGCCGGGGCCCCGGAUGGCGUGGAGGAGCCUGGCAUGGACACCGAGGCCGAGACCGUGGCGAGCGAGGCGCCCGCGCGGCCCCUCAACUGCGUGGAGGCCGAAGCCGCGGCGGGGGCGGCGGCCCAGGACCCCUGCGCCGCGCGGGGCAGCCUGCAGCCGGCCCCGGCCCAGCCCCCUGGGGACCCCGCCGCCCAGGCCUCGGUCAGCAACGGCGAGGACGCGGGCGGCGGCGCGGGCAGGGAGCUGGUGGACCUGAAAAUCAUCUGGAACAAGACUAAGCACGACGUGAAGUUCCCCCUGGACAGCACAGGCUCCGAGCUGAAGCAGAAGAUUCACGCGAUCACAGGUCUCCCGCCUGCCAUGCAGAAAGUCAUGUACAAGGGACUCGUCCCUGAGGAUAAGACGUUGAGGGAAAUAAAAGUGACCAGCGGAGCCAAGAUCAUGGUGGUGGGCUCCACGAUCAAUGAUGUUUUAGCAGUAAACACGCCCAAAGAUGCCGCCCAGCAGGACGCGAAGGCGGAAGAAAACAAGAAGGAGCCGUUGUGCAGGCAGAAACAACACAGGAAAGUGCUGGAUAAAGGAAAGCCAGAGGACGUGAUGCCGUCUGUCAAGGGGGGCCAGGACCGCCUGCCAAAUUUCCCCUUGUCCGGCAUGUACAAUAAGUCCGGAGGAAAGGUUCGACUCACCUUCAAGCUUGAACAAGACCAACUGUGGAUCGGCACAAAAGAGCGGACCGAGAAGUUGCCCAUGGGCUCCAUCAAGAACGUGGUCAGCGAACCCAUCGAGGGACACGAGGAUUACCACAUGAUGGCGUUUCAGUUGGGCCCCACGGAAGCCUCUUACUACUGGGUGUACUGGGUCCCCACUCAGUAUGUGGAUGCAAUCAAAGACACUGUGCUGGGCAAGUGGCAGUACUUUUGAAAGCACUCUCACCUCUGGCCCAGGAGACCGACCCAAGUGAAGGACAUUGCUGGGACAGGCCUGCAGCACCCCGGAUUUCAGAGUUCUGGAACUUUGUUCAAAAAAAGUCUAUAUCCAAUCUAAGGUGAUGUGGUGACCGAAGCCAGAGGUGAUGUACUUUCACCGUUAGCUUAAUUUUAACUUAAAAUCACCGGUUCCCUUUCUCGCCGUCAGCUUCAUACCAUUUUUAAAGUCAGUAC